AAAAUAAGGAAAUGCUUUUUGACACCGCCCUGUGAAGCCGAUGUGCGAAGUUGUGACACCACCGAUAAAUUCAAUUUUAUAUGUUGCUCAAAUAGUAAGGUCAAACGUGGUAGUAUGCUCUUUUAAUUCUAUAUAUUUAAGUAGACGAUGACGUCGUUAUCUCUUUAUGCGCAGAGAGAUCCAAUGCUGAAGAAGAGGGAUGACUUCGAGGACAUGUUGGAGGAAAGGAGGAGCUCUAGUGACUUGAAAUAUGCCUUCAAAUGCUACACCCCAGUGCUCUACAAAGGACUGCCACCAUGCAAAACCACUGUGCUUAAAAGCAUGGUCCUUCAAUCAGAUCAGCUGCGCUAUGUUAUUAAUCAGGUUUCUAAGGAGACCGGCGAGUCGGCUGGCGCCAUCCAAGAGGAAGCCUCAGCCAUCUUGGAGGAGAUGGCUCACCGCCUUCAACUCAGCACCGUCCGUUUCUUUGCCUUUGCACUCACCAAGGCCUUCAAAACCCUGUUUAGGAGCAUACAUGUCAAUGAAGAGGGCCUCCAGAGACUCCAGCAGGCCAUUCAGGAUCACCCAGUGGUCCUGCUGCCAAGUCACCGUAGUUACAUGGACUUCCUGUUGAUGUCCUACAUCCUGUACACAUACGACCUGGCGCUGCCUGUCAUCGCCGCCGGCAUGGAUUUCAUGGGGAUGAAGUUUGUGGGGGAGAUGCUGCGCAUGUCCGGGGCCUUCUUCAUCCGGCGGUCCUUUGGCGGGGACAAGCUCUACUGGGCCGUGUUCUCAGAGUAUGUGAAGACCAUGCUCAGGAAUGGCAUGGCUCCAGUGGAGUUCUUCCUGGAAGGCACUAGAAGCAGAACCUGCAAGUCUCUGACUCCAAAGAUAGGGCUGCUCAACAUCGUCAUGGAGCCCUUCCUGAAAGGGGAGGUGUUUGACGUGAGCCUGGUGCCGGUCAGCAUCAGCUACGAGAGGAUCCUGGAGGAGUCCCUGUACGCCAGGGAGCUGCUGGGCGUGCCCAAACCAAAGGAGUCCACCUCGGGCCUGUUCAAAGCCAGGAAGGUGCUCAGCGAGGACUAUGGCAGCAUCCACGUCUACUUCGGCCAUGCUGUGUCUGUCAGGACUCUGUCCGAGGGCAGGGUCGACCGCCGCCAGUUCAACCUGCAGCCACGGUUCAUCCCCAAGAAGCCCAGCGAGGACACCCAGGGCUUCGUCAGCGCCGUGGCCUACGGGCUGGUGCGCUCCCAGGAGGAGAACAUGGUGCUGAUGCCCUGGGUGCUGCUGGCCUCCCUGCUGCUCCAGGCCCACUACCGGGGCCCGGGGGGCUCGGCGCUGGGGCUGGAGCCCCCCCACCGCCCCCAGGGGAUGACCCUGGAGGAGCUGACGCAGCGGGCGGUCUGGCUGCGAGGCCUGGUCAGGGGGCUCGGAGCCUUCCUCCACUGGCCCGAUGACAAGCCCCCGUCUGAGGUGGUCAGCGCCAGCCUGUCCCUGCAUCAGGGGCUGGUCAGAGUGUCGGAGGGCCGGGUCCGGCUGCUCCUGGAGGAACCAGCGGGGGGUCCCGGACCCGCCUCCCCGGAGGAGAGGCUCCUGGGUGCGGCGGUGGCGGUGCUCUCCUGCGCCUCCUACAGGAACCAGGUUCUGCACGUCUUCCUCCGGCCCGCCCUGCUGGCCACCGCCGUGCACACCGCCUCGUCCGGCAAGAAGGAGGAAGUGUUUGAUACAUUCAGCUUCCUGAGAAACGUGCUCGCCAACGAAUUCAUCCUGUGUCCUGGUGCAGCUGUACAGGACUUUGAGGAGGCGUGCCAGCAGCUAGUGGAGAGCGGGGCACUGCAGGCGUCCCAGCAGCAGCUCACGGCCACGGACAGAGGGGAGCCCACCCUGGCCUUCCUCACGGCCAUGCUGGAGCCCUUCCUGCAGGGAUACCAGGUGGUCUGCAGGUACUUGUGUGAGGAGGCAAGCGAGAGUCUCACAGAAAAACUGUUUGUCCCUGCAGUUCGGAACUUCACCGUCAAACUUUUACUAGCAGGUAAUUUGCGGUACUGCGAGGCGCUGUCGUCUGACCUCCAGAAGAACGCCCUGGCUGCUCUGCUACGGCUGGGCGCAGUGCGCAGGGUCAAUGGAGGAGAGCAAGUGACCUUGAAGGUGGACAGGAUGCUGCUGAACACCUUGGAAGACACUCUGGGAGGUAAAGUCCCCAGUCAGAAAGCGGUGCUGGCGCGCCUCUAGCUCCCCAGCCAGCGGGGGUCUCUGGGGACCCUGAAGCCUUCCUCCCCUCAUUAAGCCGAGUGGCACGCCUCCAAUGUGUGUUAGCGUGCUGGGCGGCCCCGUUGGAUCACCAAGGCAGCCUGCUCGCCGCUCUGUGUUGUCAAAGGAACUCCUCAGAAGAACCGCCAUCUGGGGAGAGACGGUGGACAUCUCUCCUGUUCUUUAUAUUUGUCACAGUGUUUUUUUUUGCAUAUUCACAUCCCUUCAGAUCAGUUUAGUGUUUUCCUGCGGCUUUAUUUCCUUUCAUGUCGGAGCUUCUCGAAGCGUUCUUGAAAGGUGCGGUGCUUGGAUUUUUAAGGCGCUGCAAAUUGAUAACCUCUUACCUUUUUUAUUUGAUUUUAUUAUUUGAUUUUUUAAAGCAGCCAACUUCUUUUGAGAUAAGAGUUAUUCUCGGUUGAUAUAUUUGGUCGGGAUUUGUCGAGGUUUUUCAUUUGAUGCAAUUGGUGUUGUAUUCGUUAUUUUUUGUGUUUUGCUUCUGCCAAAAAUAGCUUUGUUUACUUAAUGCACUUUUGUUAUUUGUAUCUAAUAUAUAUUUGUGGGGUGGAUUUAUACAGUUUAAAGACAAAAGAUGUUGAAAAAGGAGAUUAUUCAUACACUGUAAAACUGGUUACAGAAGAAAAUGCAUUUUUGUAUCAGUCAAACUCUUUGACAUUGACAUAGCUACAUGUGUAUGUGUAUCUAGUCAGAAUGGCCUGCUAACAAUUGCCUAACAUCAUAAAUCUUUUCAUGAAACAUUUCAUUAUGCCUGCUAAUAAAACAGCGACCAAAGAUAUGGUUGCAAUAGGAGCAAAUAAAGCAAAAUGUAUUUAUUUUUGUGUUUUGUAAGUUGAGGAAUAAUCAUGUUCACUCCCCUCAACUACUAAUGGAAGAACAGCUCGUCUGACCUGUUGUUCACCUUUUGUUCUAUAAAAGGAGCAAAAACUGUUUCUUUUCCAAUUUAAUAUGAAGUGCUAAACCUUAAAAACGAAUUGCCACACAUAAACACUGCCGCUGACACAUUGUAGACUAAUGUUGUGCUCGGUUCUGUUCUAUGAGGUUCACCGAUGGGAUUUGGUAGUUACUACAGCUUUUUGUACUUUAUACUGGUUACAUAUUUUUCUAACAAAUGCCUAUAUAGAUAAUACACACAACUUAUCCUGAAACUCUCAAACUCUACACUGUGGUUAUAAUAAAAUAAAAUAAAAAAAUAUAUAUAGGUGUGUGUGUGUGUGUGUGUGUGUGUGUGUGUGUGUGUGUGUGUGUGUGUGUGUGUGUGUGUGUGUGUGUGUGUGUAUCUCACACACACACAUUUACAAGCCAACAAUGCAUUCAUGUACAAUUAACAUUCAAUCUUUCUUGCAAUAAUUGUGUUAGGUUUUUUGUUGGAAUCGAAAUGACUUGUGUUAUAGUUCAGAUACCAAAACAUUAAACACAUCCAAAGAACCAGGUUAUUAGUGGGGCAAUGUCUGGGAGCGUUGUUAAAACUUAAGGUCAAUCCUUGUCUGAGUGUUCUUCUCGUGUGUUUACUUGUGUCUGUGUCAAGGAUCAAUGGGAUGGGCCAAGGAGUGGAUGAAAUGAUGUAAAUAAAACUGUUUUUGAAAUGUU